UGGAUAUUUAAGUUUUGGCGGCUUUAUUUAUAAUUGAGCUGCUAACAAGUAUUUCAAUAAAGAUUUUAAGUUUUUUAGUGAUUCAAGCAAUCGAUAAAAGAACAAUGAAUUCAAAACGUAAAGGUGGUGGAUUUAGUUAUCCUGGUCAAGGACCCUUCAAGAAAGCAAGAAAUUUUGAUGAUGAAGAUGAAGAAUUUGGUGGGGGUGGUUUUGAGGCAGAAUUAGCAGCUUUAGAAGCCGUGGAUAUUGAUAAAACAGAAUUAAUUGGUGAAGGACCUGAAAUUGAGCAGACUAGUUCAAAAUGGAGCCGACCAUCCCCACCAGAUAUUGAUCCUUCGAAAGAUGCUUUGAUUUUUCAACAAAUUGACAUAGAAAAUUAUAUUGGUGCACCAAUACCUGGUAUGCCUGGUUCUCAAAUUCCACCAACACCAGUAGUUCGCAUGUUUGGUAUUACGAUGGCUGGAAAUUCUGUAUGUUGUCAUGUACAUGGGUUUUGCCCGUAUUUAUAUAUAGGAAGUCCAAAAGGUUUCGAGCAGCGUCAUUGUAAACCUUUUAAAGAUGCACUUGAUAAAGCAGUUUUAGCAGACAUGAGAAAUAAUAAAGAUAAUUUACAAGAAGCCGUUCUUGAUGUUGAAAUAGUCGAACGAAAAUCUAUUAUGGGAUAUCAUGGAGAGAAAGAUUAUUCAUUUAUUAAAAUAACAAUGGCUUUACCCAAACUGCUUGCAGCAGUUAAAAGAAUAUUAGAACGUGAAAUAGUAUACAAGGAGUUUGAUUUUCAGGAUUGUAGAGCCUAUGAAACCAAUAUAGAUUUCGACAUUAGAUUUAUGGUUGAUACUGAUGUUGUUGGUUGUUCGUGGAUAGAACUGCCGGCGGGUAAUUACAAAAUGCGUACAAAAUCCAGCAAACCACAUCCUGAGUCGCGAUGUCAAAUUGAAGUUGAUGUGGCUUUUGACAGGUUUAUAGCACAUGAACCGGAGGGCGAAUGGGCAAAAGUUGCUCCUUUCAGAAUUUUAUCUUUUGAUAUUGAAUGUGCUGGUCGUAAAGGUAUUUUUCCGGAGGCGAAACAAGAUCCAGUAAUUCAAAUUGCGAACAUGUGUAUCCGACAAGGAGAUGCUGAGCCAUUUUUAAGAAAUGUAUUUACGUUAAAAGUUUGUGCCCCUAUUGUAGGUUCUCAGGUGCUUAGUUACGAUAAAGAGACCGAUUUACUUAAUGCUUGGUCCAACUUUAUUCGAGAGGUGGAUCCUGAUAUAUUAACGGGCUAUAAUAUAAACAACUUUGACAUUCCCUAUCUACUUGAAAGGGCCCAACAUUUAAAAGCGAAAAAUUUCGAAUAUUUGGGCAGAAUAAAAAAUAUUAGAUCAGUAAUUAAAGAUCAAGUUCUGCAGUCAAAACAAAUGGGACGUCGUGAAAAUAAAUAUGUGAAUUUUGAAGGCCGUGUUCCGUUUGAUCUACUUUUUGUCUUAUUAAGAGAUUAUAAAUUGCGUUCUUAUACUCUUAAUGCAGUAUCCUAUCAUUUUCUUCAGGAACAGAAAGAAGAUGUUCAUCAUAGUAUGAUAACAGAUUUGCAAAAUGGGGAUGAACAGACUAGAAGAAGACUUGCUAUGUAUUGUCUAAAAGAUACAUACUUGCCAAUAAGAUUAUUGAAUAAAUUAAUGUCGAUUGUCAAUUAUAUGGAGAUGGCAAGAGUAACUGGAGUUCCUUUAGAAAGCCUAUUAACUAGGGGUCAGCAAAUCAAAGUUUUAAGUCAACUUCUGAGAAAAGCAAAAACAAAAGGUUAUAUAAUGCCUUCGUAUCAAUCAAAAGCUGCAGAAGACCAAUAUGAAGGCGCAACAGUCAUUGAACCUAAACGAGGCUACUACGCGGAUCCGAUAACAACUUUAGAUUUUGCUUCUCUAUAUCCGAGUAUAAUGAUGGCACAUAAUCUAUGUUAUACAACACUCCUGCAACCUGGAACAAAAGUUGAUUUGAACCAAGAAGAUAUAACUUUAACCCCGUCUAACAAUAAAUUCGUGAAGGCUACUGUUAGGAAAGGGUUGUUACCAGAAAUUUUGGAAUCUCUUUUAGCAGCUCGUAAGCGAGCUAAAAAUGAUCUAAAAGUAGAGACUGAUCCAUUUAAACGUAGUGUACUAGACGGAAGGCAACUUGCGUUAAAAAUAUCAGCAAAUUCUGUUUACGGAUUCACUGGAGCGCAAGUAGGAAAAUUGCCUUGUUUAGAGAUAUCUGGUAGUGUGACAGCUUAUGGAAGAACCAUGAUAGAAAAAACAAAAAGUGAAAUUGAAUCUCAUUAUAAACGCGCUAAUGGUUACGAAAACGAUGCUGUUGUCAUAUAUGGUGAUACAGAUUCUGUAAUGAUUAAUUUUGGUGUGAAAACGUUGGAGCGGAGUAUGGAACUAGGUCGUGAAGCUGCGGAAUAUGUAAGCGCUAAAUUCAUUAAGCCAAUCAAACUUGAGUUCGAAAAAGUUUACUUCCCAUAUUUACUUAUUAACAAAAAACGGUAUGCCGGAUUAUAUUUUACACGACCAGAAAAAUAUGAUAAAAUGGACUGCAAAGGUAUUGAAACAGUAAGACGUGACAAUUCACCUUUAGUAGCAAAUUUGAUGAAUAUGUGCUUACAAAAGUUGUUAAUUGAACGUGACCCAGAUGGUGCUGUUAACUACGUAAAACAAGUUAUAAGCGAUUUGCUUUGUAAUAAGGUCGAUAUUUCUCAAUUGGUCAUUACAAAAGAAUUAACGAAAACUGAUUAUGCUGCUAAGCAGGCUCAUGUCGAACUAGCUGCGAAAAUGAGAAAGAGAGAUCCUGGAACUGCACCUAAAUUAGGAGAUCGAGUACCAUAUGUUAUAAUUUCUGCUCCGAAGAAUACUCCAGCCUAUCAAAAAGCAGAAGAUCCUAUUUAUGUUUUAGAUAAUUGUAUUAGCAUAGAUACAAAUUAUUAUUUAGAAAAUCAACUUUCUAAACCUUUGCUUCGAAUUUUUGAACCAAUUUUGGGAGAAAAAGCUGAGUCUAUUUUACUUAAGGGUGAUCAUACGCGUACUAAAACUGUUGUAACACCCAAAGUCGGUGGUUUAAUGGCUUUUAUGAAAAAGAAAGAACAAUGUCUUGGAUGUAAAACACUUCUACCGAACGGGUAUGAGAAAAAAGCAUUAUGUCCUCACUGUGAAAAAAACGAAUUCGAGUUAUAUCAAAAAGAAUUAAUAAUUCAAAGGGAUUUGGAAGAACAAUUCUCCCGUUUAUGGACCGAAUGUCAACGUUGCCAAGGUUCAUUACAUGAAGAAGUAAUUUGUUCAAAUAGGGACUGCCCAAUUUUCUAUAUGAGAAAGAAAGUUCGAAUGGAUUUAGAUUCUCAACAAAAGAAAGUAUUAAGAUUUGGUAUUCCAUCGUGGUAGAAAUUGAUUGUAAGUGUAUAAUCUGUUUUAAAUAUAAAAUUAAUUUUUAUAAAA